AUGUCUACCAGUAGUGAAAGGCCAGCGCCCCGCAAGAAAGCUAAGCUCACAAGGGAACAAAAGGCUGCUCGGCAGGAACGCAGUCACUCCCUGUGGAGCGAUAUUGAGGCGGCGCGUCGACAGUACCAUGAAACAUUGAAUAUCCUUGCUGAAAAACAUGACCGGCUUACGCCGCCUGCCAGGUCAAAGGAGUAUAUCUCGGCCCAGCUGUUUGCACCACCAGCACCAUCUCGCCGAGAUACACUCUUCAAUGCUGUUGUCCACAGUGAGGCGGCGAAGCGACGUGAACAAGGAACGUUUCAAGGACGUGAUGCUCUCCCUAACCUUACACGGGAACUGCGAGAUAAUCCGUGGUGGGAGUCUCUGCCUGUCGAGGAGCAGAACCGCCUCAUCAAUGGGCUGGAGGAGAGCCGAAAGGAGAAGCGCGAGGUGAAGAAGGUUGUACCUCGUGACAUUGGUCGUGAUAUCCAGGCCACAAUGGACCUUGUGGAUACACUACUUACCGGUCUUCAGAUGCGGACGGGGUGUGAGGUCUUCUACGCUGUCCUUAGAGGGGGGGUUAUGGACCCUUUCCGACCGCGCUUCUACUAUACCCCUAGAGCGCAGGAAUCUAUGGUCACUGUAACAAAGCAAUCAGUCGAAGAACUCGGAAUGAAAGUUGAAGCAUACAUCACCAGCGGAGUCCCUGGUUUAAUCAAAGAAACUCGUGUUAAGUCGAGCUCGGCCUAUAAAAAGCUCGUUCGGUCAGCAGUGCUUGAUGGUCUACGUGACAUGGUACGCAAACGAGGCUACGACGAAUCAGCAUUGCCUGCCCAGAUGGAGUACGAGCGGUACGAUGAACUAUGUGCGACAUGGGGCGUCGAGUUGGUGGGGUGGCCGGAAGAUCCUAUUCGCAAUCCGAAGCACAUCCCCACUAUCGGGCGGCUCAAGCAUGUCUACGAGCUGCUUCAAGGUGGUCAGUGUCAUUGGAAGCUUCUCGACGACGCCACCUGGGACGAACGAAAGAAUGCCAUGCGAGGCAAGAUCAGGCUGCGUCAGCCUCGUCAAGAGCAGAUAACGAACCGGAAGAGGAAGAGUAGCGAGUUGGUGGACUCUACUGACGAAGAGAACGAAAGCGAGGGAGAUGGAGAAAGUGAACAAGACGAGGAUAACCAGGCGGACGUAGUCCGCAGGGACAGUCCUCCGGUCAGACUGGACAACCACGACGACAUGGAUGACAACACCCUUGCCCCUACCGACUUGAAUAAUGCAACACCUGCCGCUGUCAUGGACCACAGUCACGAUGAGAACCGUCCCCCCCUCACCAUGCAGUCGCAGACCGUUGAAGACAACCAUGGCGAGGACGACGAGGGUAGCAUCGACCGGCAUGUCCUCGGCGAUCGUGGACAGGUUGUGACCUCGGUCGGCCAGACGUAUUCUGCCCUCCAGGACUUGUUCUCGGGUGCUAUACAAGGCAUCGACGAUCAACAAAUGACCGGUUCUUAUGAAGGCUUCGGUGCACUGCCUGGCCCGGGCCAUGACCUCGGAGAUUUGCACAACGUACCUUGUCCCUCGUCGUCCUCUACUCAAGCACCUGCUCCCGCUGAUCCGUUCUUCCAGCUAUUUCCUGGCGCCUCCCUCGAUGGCUCUGCGGAUGCUCAAGACGCAUCCUCCCUCGAUCCCGCUCUCUUCCCCUUUGACUUGAUGAUGGACUUUGGCAUGCCUUCGACGUUCUCAUCCUGA